GUCGGGUACCGCGGGGCCGUCGAAGCGACUUCCGGGUGUUUCUGGACUCCACCUCCCAGAAUUCUCAGCAGGGGCGAUCCUGACUAGGGCGUUCUGGGAGUUGAAGUCCACUCAUUUUAUAAUAGCCAGUUUGAGACCCACCGGACACGAAGCGCGGCUCCUGGGAAGCGUCCCGGCUUGUUCAGGCCCUUCUCGCUCAGCACGAAGGAGGCCGGGAGAGGCUUCCCGGAGGUGUUGGCGAAGCGGCCUUCCCCUCGCCUGGCCCGGAGUUCCAGGCCGGGAAACUCCAUCUCCCAGAAUUCUCUUCGGCGGCCGCACUGGCGGUGGGAUUGUGGGGAAUGAAGUCCGCCCGGCUGGGCCUGGGGCCGAGGUGACCUAGGGAUCUCCUGCCCCCGAGUCCCUCCCGUUCGGGCGCAGGGAAAGGAUUCCUCCCCCGAGCAGAAUUUCAUCCAGCCUAAAAACCGCAGGGCCGGCAGGGACCCCGGAGGUCCUCUAGUCCAACCCUUUGCCCCAGGCAGGAGCCCAGAGGGCGAUGCAGUCGAAGGGCCGCCCGAAAACUCUCGGCCUGAUGGAAGCGCCAGAAGAGGAAGGGAAGCGGCCGCUCACGCCUCCCUCCCGCCCCCGAUGGGGCUGCCUGGGCCGGGGAAGGGAAGCGGCUGCUCUACCUCCUCAGAAAUAAGACUCUGCUUGAGCAGGGGGCUGGACUAGAGGACCUCCAAGGUCCCUUCCAGCUCCUUCCUUCCAUAGUCUAAACGCCUCCCUGCGGAACCUCCUUGGGAAAGGAAAGCCUCGAUUCCUCAGACUUUGGCUGCAAUAAACCGCUUUUCCCUUUGGGCCUCAUGCAGCUGAUGCUCUUGGGAACCCCGGUCCCAAUUCGACCUUCCCGGAGGCUUUCCUGCAUUUGGGACCCUCUAAAGCCAAAGCGAGGAGAGCUCAGCGCUUGGUGCCUGUGGCCAGUUCGUGCCCUCCAUUCUCCACAGGCUUAGUACACCCCCAGGCAGGUCCUUUUAGUUGUCCACGGCGAUCGAAGCCUCAUCACUACUUUAUGUGCAUCUUGCAUGUAGGUUGCAUGUACAAAGGCUCACACUGACAUGGCCUUCAUUGUGACUCUGACACACACACACGCACGCACGCACGCGCACACACACAGUGACCACCUCUGGCACCUUUUCAACCCCAAACUUUCUGCUGAUUUGGCUGCUCCACAAGGCUUCAGUGGGCAACAAGGAAUCUUUUCACUCAAGGAGUCAAGACCCUCAUUUUGCCCUUAAAAACGCCCUGCAGAGGCUGAAGGGGUUUAUCCUGCUCUCUCCAACUGCUUGAUGCCAUUACUGCGCCCACAAUUUCACACACACACACACGAGAUAGCCCUAAUCUUGCACCCAAACUAGUUUUGAUCCUCCCUUGACAAAAGCAUCUGCUCAGCUUUUGGCCCUGAAUCCUCUUCAGAGCUCCUCUCCUGUGGCAGGGAGGGGAUCCUGCUGGUUUGAGAACCAGGGAGAGUGGAGGGACCCCUCCCCACCCGGGACCUGCCUGAGGCUUCAUUGUGACACCACCAGAACCCUGAGGAGGAUUCAUGGCAUUCCGCCCUUUCCUGUCCCCUGCAGGGCUGGGACCGGCUGCCCACAGGCUCUCUGCUCAGUGCUGAACCACACGGUCUCCUGGCAAUGGAGGUGAUCAGAUUUGCCCAACCGGGACUUUUUUUUUUUAAUGACCUCCCUAGUUUUGUUCUUCUUCCGCUGACAAGAUGGAUGGAAGCAGGCUGAGCUGAGUCUGCUUGGGCAAGUUUUGUACACCAGCUCUCCCCUGUGUGGUUAGCUCUGCUCUUGGUGCCAGAAAACCCCGUCUCGGCAGCAAGUGGGGGGUUCCCUGAAGGAUGGAAUCCGGGUCCCUGAGGAGUAAAGUCCCGGCGUUCUUAUCAGACCUGGGCAAGGCAACCUUGAGAGGCAUCAGGAAAUGCCCCCGAUGCGGCACCUACAAUGGCACUCGUGGGCUGAGCUGCAAAAACAAGACCUGUGGCACCGUCUUCCGCUACGGCUCACGCAAGCCAGCCGGCGUUGAUGCCGUCAAGAUCAUCACCGGCUCAGACCUCCAGGUCUACUCCGUGCGGCAGAGGGACAAGGGCCCUGAGUAUCGGUGCUUCGUGGAGCUGGGCGUCUCGGAGACCACCGUCCAGACUGUGGAUGGCACCAUCCUCACCCAGCUCAGCUCUGGGCGCUGCUACCUCCCAGCGUGUCUGAAGGCAGCCACCCAAGGGGUGGUGGAAAACCAGUGCCAGCACCUGAAGCUUGCCGUGGGCUGCCAGGCAGAGGCCACCCCCUUGACCCUGAAAAGCUCCGUCUUGAACGCUAUGCAGGCCUCGGCCCAGACCAAGCAGGCCCUCUGGGAGCUGGCCACCCAGCCCACGGGGCCCCUGGUCCAAAGGGUCACCAAGAACGUGCUGGUGGUCAAGGGCAAGGCUGGCCCUAAGCACAGCCUGGGCUAUCUCCACAUCACCUUUGCUCCCAGGUCUGCCCACAAGCACCCGGCGGGGCCCCGCUUUUUCUGCCCCUGCCAGUCCUCGAGGGCCAGCAAGGCCGGCCCUGCCACCGAGGAGGGCAGCCAGAAGUGCAUCCAUUUCUUCGCCUGCCUCUGUGCCUUUGCCAGCGACGAGGCUUUAGCCCAGGAGUUUGUGGAUUUCCUCAGCGAUGAGUCUGGUGGCUUGAAAUCCCCGGCAAGCGCUCUGCCUUCUUGCCAGCCGGACUCCCCUCUGCCCUCGGGGGACCCUGCGGCCUCCAAAGCGAAGCGCAAGAAGAAGGACGAAGGGCUGGGCUUGCAAGCCACCAGCCCCCUCUUGUCUCAAGAUCUGGCAAACAAGUCCUUGCAGAAAAACGGGCUGAAGAAGGCGGCCGUUGCAUCCCUGAAAAGGCAGACUGGCCUUCAGGUGCUGGAGGAGUCGCAGGUGGCCUUGUCCUUCCUGGAGUGGCUGGCCAGCGUCACGGAGAGGCUCCACCAAGCCAUGCACUACCAGUUUGACGGCAAGCCGGAGCCCCUCGUCUUCCACAUCCCGCAGGCCUUUUUCGAGGCUCUCCAGCAGCGGAUCGGCCUCGGCAGCGUCAAGAUGCGACUUCCCAACUCGACGACAGCUUUUGUCCGCAAAGAUGCCUUACCGCUGGGUACCUUCUCUAAGUAUACGUGGCACAUCACCAACAUCUUGCAGGUCAAGCAGAUCUUUGACACCGUUGAGAUGCCUCUAGAAAUAACGCGCAGCUUCAUCCAGAACCGGGAUGGGACCUAUGAGCCUUUCAAGUGCCCCAAAGUGGAGGUGGAGAGCAUUGCCGAGACCUACGGACGCCUGGAGAAGCAGCCUGUCCUUCGCCCCCUGGAACUGAAAACGUUCUUGAAAGUUGGCAACACUUCCCCGGAUCAAAAGGAACCGACGCCUUUUAUCAUUGAGUGGAUCCCAGAUAUCCUCCCUCAGUCCAAAAUUGGCGAACUGAGGAUCAAAUUUGAGUACGGCCACUACAGGAACGGUCAUCCGGCCGACUACCAGGAGCCGCAUCCUUCCCUGGAGAUCAUCACCUUCCCUUGAGCUCCUCGCCUGCCUCUUUGCAUGCGCAGCUGCACCGGCCAGCCUCUCCUGCUCCCUACCAGCCACUGACCGGAAGAGCUGCCGUUUCGUGUGACCUUGCCACCCAACUUCUGUUCUCAAGGAGCUCCUUGCUCGGGCCUUUCUUGCAAACAGCCACCUCCCAGCCUUGCCAGAUACUGGAAUUGGCCCUCCCCGAAUGCCCAGGCCGGCUGGCGGCUCCAAGAAACCCAGACCGCCUCCGCUGUCUUCUGCACUUCCUUCCUCCCGGAGGUGGCUGUCAUCCCAGCAGCUCAAAGGGCUGGGUGGGUUGGAUGCUACAGUCUCUUUACUGGCAUAUUUUACAGUAUAUUUUUAAAAUAAAUUAAAUUAAGGCCAUGGCAAUGUUGCGAGAUUAGUCCUGCAUAUAAAAGAAAGUGAAUCCAUUCCCUUGGCAACCGGUGAUGCCACGAGUAUGUUUACCUUCUCCAAAGACCGGUAGGGCUCUACCCCACGCUACUUUGAAGGCAACCACCCUCAGCCCUUCAAACAACAUCCCCUAUGUAACAAAGAGCGUCCAUUGGAUAGGAGCAUGCUCACAAGGCAAGGUCCAGGGUCCCAAGUCCAGUCCACCUGGCUAAGAGACUCCCUGAGGCAAACUAGCCCACAAGACCAAGGCACAAGUCAAAGCCGGGCAAGUAUAAGCCAAAACAAGCAAUUGUUCCUGGCAAAGACCAACUCCCCACAGCUUCUCCUUAAGUCAGUCCACUCCAGGUGGUCCUUGUGAGCAGGAGGGGGCGACCUUCUGCCCAGUAGCCUUGCAGCCCUUCUCUGGGCUUGUCUAUGCUCCGCUCUCCCUCUCCGUGCCCUUGGAUGGACUGGGGGAGGUACCCGUUCCUCAUCAGAGGGGCUCUGCUGCCUGUCAGCAGCCGAUUCUCUCCUGGGUCUGUGAGGGCAGGCAGCUCUCCGUCUGGUCGACCACCUCCACCAAUGCCUGAGGGGCCUGGGACAGCAUCGUCCUCAGCCCAUGGCCUCUCCAAACACACCAAGGGAGAUGUGCCAUGCCCAUCAGACAGCCCUGGUUCCAAUUCCUCCUCCUCCUCUUCCUCCUCUGAACCGGCUCCGAUGGGGCCAUGACAGGCAAGAAGGGCUGCAGGAGGUUGGAGAUGCCCA